UCGCUGCCUUUUCUUCACCGCAGAGACCGGCAAAGCAACGGCGGGCUAUGGCGCUGAGCCGUGCCGAGCGCUGCCUGGUGCAGGUGCUGCGCUGCUUCUCGCGCGCCUUCCUGGCGCUGCUCAGCCUGGCGCUCGGCGUCUCCGCCCUGCUGCGCUGGAAAGGCAAAGGGCCCCGGGGAUCGCGCCUUGCGCGGCGCGCCGUCCCGCCGCCCGACCAGCCGCUGCUCUUCCUUUCCGCCCGGGAGCUGGCCGGGCGCAUCCGCCGCAGGGAGUUGAAGUGUGUCGAUCUUCUUGAAGCAUACAUUGAGAGGAACAGGCAGGUGAACCCACUCAUCAAUGCUAUUGUUAAAGACAGGUUUGAGGCUGCCUUGCAGGAGGCUCAGGUUGUUGAUCAGCUGCUGUCUGAGGGCCAGGAUGAUGAAGAAUCACUCCAGAAAAAAUUCCCCUUGCUGGGCAUUCCUGUCACUGUCAAAGAAGCCUUUGCGUUAUAUGGGAUGCCCAAUUCCUCUGGAUUGGUUAACCGCCGCAACUUGAUCUCCACCACGGACGCUGUUGUGGUAUCCCGGUUGAAGCAAGCUGGUGCGAUUCCCCUGGGAGUGACCAACUGCAGCGAGCUGUGCAUGUGGUUUGAAUCAAGCAACCUUGUCUACGGCCGAUCCAACAACCCCUACAACCUUGACUGCAUUGUAGGAGGCAGCUCAGGAGGUGAAGGUUGCACCCUAGCAGCUGCUGGUUCUUUGAUUGGUAUCGGCUCAGACAUCGGGGGCAGCAUCCGUAUACCCGCCUUCUUCAAUGGGAUCUUUGGACACAAGCCCACCACAGGUGUGGUGCCCAAUGACGGUCAGUUUCCUGAUGCGGUUGGGAAUCGUACAAACUUCCUGUGCACUGGACCUAUGUGUCGCUAUGCGGAAGACAUGGAACUCCUGCUGAGAGUCAUGGCUGGACCAAACAUUUCCAAGUAGGUGGCUUUGCAGUAUAUAA